AUGGCUUCAUCUAGCAUUAUUAUCCUGGGUAUCCGGGCGGCCCAACUACUCUUCGCCUUCAUUGUGAUGGGUCUUACGGCAUAUGUUGCGCACUGGUACAAUGUAGACACAUUGACUACGUCUCCUUCGCAGGUCAACUGGUUACUAGUAGUAUCAGUAAUCACGAUUGUAUCUGUCCUUUACCUCGAGUUAACACCGAGAUUCGCUCCCAAGCUAUCUCACCCACUCGUGGCAAUGAGCCUCGAAGUACUUAACGCGCUCUUCUACUUCGCCGGCUUCAUUGCACUCAGCGUAUUCAUGAGCCGCCUACUUUUCUGCCGAGGCAGCGUGUGCGGAGCAGCGCGCGCCGCCAUCGCCUUCGGGGCCUUCGAGUUUCUACUAUGGACCGGAUCCGCGAUCCUUAUGGGAAAGGAAGUCGCGAAGGCGGGCCUCCCCAGCUUCAAGCGGCCGACUUUCGGCCGCAAGGGCAGCAACAAGGGCCCUUUAAACGAGCCCCCUAUGAAGGAAACCUCGGCCGCGUAA